GCAACGGGAGCCGGUGACCUGUACGGGUCAGGGGUCAACGGUCACGAUAAAGAUCGCGGGACCGCAACACGGCCGCGUUUCCCUCAAAUUGUGAGCCGGGUACCGGCAAGCCGGUCCCAAUCGGACUGACUGGUCGGAGGGGAAAAUCGCCAUUUACAGCACACAUAUUUCAUGCUAUUUUUCCAAUGUCUUGCUUUGGCGAUUAUCGCAUGACAAAUCUUCAGAAAAGAUUUUAAAAAGUAGGAAGGAAGGAAGCAGGAGGAUUUUUUCCCAACUAUUUCAUGAAACACGGAUCCGCGCGCGCUUGCGUGACUGUGAAUAUAUUCACCCCCCCCCGAACCCCAACAAGAACGUGAGCAGAAUGCCAAUCACCCGGAUGUGACUUUCGCUCUUUUACUUUGGUUUAGAGUUUUUUGUUUUAAUUUUGUUUCCGCGCUCUUCUCCCACGGCGACGUCAGCAAUCGCCCUCCGAUUGGCCCGAGGCUGCCCGGCGUCCUACAAAAGCGCGCUGGCAGCCACCGGGGGCCGCAUCCUCCUCUUCUUCCUCCAGGUCGGCGAAGAUGUGGUCUCGGUGGUCCCGGUCGUGUUGCUGUUCUCUGCUGCUGGCGCUGGCGCUGGCCCUGGCGCCGGCGCCGGCGCCGGGGCGGGCGUCCCCGCUGGAAGACGCCGCGCCGCGCCGCGCCCGCUUCUCCUCCAACGGUCCCGCGGACGUGGCGCGCUGCCUGAACGGCGCGGUGGCGGUGGGCUGCGGCUUCUUCUCGUGCCUGGAAAACUCCACGUGCGACACGGACGGCAUGCACGAGAUCUGCGAGCUGUUCCUGCAAGCGGCCGCCACCUUCAACACCGAGGGCAAGACCUUCGUGAAGAAGAGUCUGCACUGCGUGGCUCAAGGGAUCGGCAGUAAAGUUUUCCAGACCAUCCGCCGCUGCAACGUCUUCCAGAGGAUGAUCGCCGAGGUCCAGGAGGAAUGUUUCGCCGCGCACGACAUCUGCACGGUGGCGCGGACCAACCCGCAGGCCUUCGCCGACGUGGUGCAAGUGCCCACGCAUUUCCCCAACAGGUACUACAGCACGCUGCUGCAGACGCUGCAGGCGUGCGACGAGCAGACGGUGGCGGCGGUGCGUUCGGGCCUGCUGGGACGUUUGGGCCCCGACAUGGAGACGUUCCUGCAGAUGGUCCAGAACAAAGAGUGCGACGCGGGCCAGGCCGCCGCCCCCUUCGACGACCCGUCCAGCUGGAGGAACGUGCCCGUCUUCAACAUCCAGCCCGGCUUCCGGGGUCGCGACCCCACCCACCUCUUUGCCCGCAAACGCUCGGUGGACGAAAAGGAGGCGGGGCCCGUCGGCCCGCCCCAGUAGAG